AAUGAUUUGUGUUGAUGUGCGUCAGCUCAGUGAAAAGGGGUCCCGUUUCGAUGCUUGCAAUGUGUUCAAAUGACAAGGGAGAAACUGUGCAGUGUCCCUUUAAGAGAAAAAGAAAGCAGGAAGUCUGAGCAGAAAGAAAGUCUCAGCCUGGACUUCGAUCCAUCCCUGCCUGUGUGGGGUCCUUGUGGCUGCUUUCAAGCCCACACCAUGGCUCCUAACCUGGGCACUUAAGUGUUUUCACUGCAUAUAUUGCUCCUGAGCCAGCUGCUGUCUUCAGACUUGUCUUCUCCCCCCUGCCUUGCACCUCAGAGCUUGAGCUGGCCUCAUGCUGAAAAUGCAGAGCACGCCCAACUACCUCUGGAACCCGGACGACGUGCUGGGCCAAGGGGCUACAGCCAGCGUGUACAAAGCCCGCAGUAAGAGAUCAGGGGAGCUGGUUGCUGUGAAGGUCUUUAAUAAUGCCAGCUACCUGAGACCACAGGAGGUACAGAUGAGAGAGUUUGAGGUGCUGAGGAAAUUAAACCAUAAGAACAUCGUCAAACUGUUUGCAGUUGAAGAGACUACCCAGGGAAACAGCAAGCAGAAGGUGCUGGUGAUGGAGUACUGCUCACGUGGGAGCUUGCUGAGCGUGUUAGAAGAUCCAGAGAACUCCUUUGGCUUGUCUGAGUCAGAAUUCCUCAUCGUGUUGCAUUGUGUUGUGGCCGGCAUGAACCACCUUCGUGAAAACAGCAUUGUUCAUAGAGAUAUCAAACCAGGAAACAUCAUGCGGCUGGUGGGGGAAGACGGGCUGAGCAUCUAUAAGCUCACGGAUUUUGGGGCCGCUCGAGAGCUGGACGAUGAUGAGAAGUUUGUGUCUGUCUACGGGACAGAGGAAUAUCUUCACCCGGACGUGUACGAGCGAGCGGUUCUGAGAAAACCCCAGCAAAAGGCUUAUGGGGUGACUGUAGAUCUGUGGAGCAUUGGGGUAACCUUUUACCAUGCUGCUACGGGCAGUCUCCCAUUUAUCCCCUUCGGCGGACCUCGCAGGAAUAAAGAAAUCAUGUAUAAAAUAACGACCGAGAAACCGGCUGGAGCUAUCGCAGGUGUCCAGAGGCAGGAGAAUGGGCCCAUUGAGUGGAGCUACGAGCUGCCCAUCACCUGCCAACUGUCUGUGGGGCUGAAGAGCCUGCUCAUCCCCAUCCUGGCUAACAUUCUGGAAGUUGAUCAAGAAAAAUGCUGGGGCUUUGAUCAGUUUUUUGCUGAAACAACUGACAUCCUGCACAGGAUAGUGGUCCAUGUCUUCUCCUUGCAGCAAGCUACCAUGCACCGGGUCUACAUCCAUGCCUACAACACUACCACCAUAUUUUUAGAAGCUGUCUUCACACAGACAAAUAUAGCCCCUCACCAUCAAGAAUAUUUUUUUGAAGGUCACCCGUAUCAAUUGGAACCCAGCCUGCAAGCUCACAAUUUCUCCAGAACCACAGAAAAUAGCCCGCUGACCUUGCUGAGCAGUGUACCGCAGGAACCCGUGGGAGUGAGAUUCAGAGAUCCAUCACUUGAGUUUCCAAAGUUUGUCCCAAAGGUUGAUGUCCUAGCUGACUGCAGCAUGGCAAAGGGUGUCCUGAGUGCCGUUCACCAGACACUGAAGAUCUCUCGGUCACUUCUGAAAUGUCAAGAGUUUAUUCUGAGAGGUCUUUACUGGGUGAUUGAGAGCCUGAAAGCCAAGUGCUCCCGUGUUCUGGAGAGAAGGGAGGCGGCCGUUUCGAUGCUGAGCUGCUUGCAGCAUACCGAGCUGAAGGCCUUCGUGUUGUAUGAUUCUGUUUCUGGAGGCAACAGUAGUCCAGAGCUGAAGGAUCUGGCUGAGGUGAAAACAAGGCUGCAGACUGUCACUGAAGACCUCACCAGAUGUUCCCACAGCAUCUCCGAACAUAAAGGGGCAUUGGACUCUCUUUUGGCUGAGUUGGUAAAGCACAGGAAACAGGCACACAAAGACAGCAUCCGGCAGAUGGAGUGCUGCCUCGAGAAGAUGCAGCUCAUAUACAAGCAAUUCAAGAAGACCCGGAUGAGUCCGCGGCUAGCUUACAAUGAGGAACAAAUACACAAGCUGGAUAAGAUGAAUUUAGGGCAUUUGGCCAAAAAGGUCUUGUCAAUUUUCCAGGAGGACUGCGUACAGAAAUAUCAAGCUAUGCUGACCAUCCAUGGGAACAUAACGAGGGAAGUUUGGGAGAUGAGAGAGCAUUUGAAGAAACUCAGCAACUCUAUAGUCGCUUGUAAUGUGGAGAUGAUGGGAUGCCAGGAGUGCCUCCAUAAUGCUUUGGACAAGUUACCUCAGAGAAUCCUGCGGGAGAAACCGAAUUUGGCCCAGGUCUCUUCUGCACCCCCACCAGUUUACAUGAAUCUAGCCCAUCAGGAGAUGGUACUUAGAAUGAAGGAGCUUCGAGAGCAGAUGAAACUGGUAGCGAAUGACCUCCAGAGCAACAACAGCAUCAUUGAGCGGUUAAGUGGGGUUGCGUCCGCUCCAGAUGUUUGAGGGAGAUGUGAUGUGAUGGAUUUGGCGCUGAUGAAAUAGUGUUUUGUUUUUUGUUUUUAAAUUAUAUCUCACACUUUGGGUCAAGAUCAAUGGAGAACUUUAACUCAGACAUCACCUUUUCCUACCUCUCUGCUCCAGCACUUUGGCACAGUUCACCAGCAUUAGCCUUAGCUGGGCUGCAAGCCUCAAGCACUUGAAUACUGGCAGUGUCCCUAACGUUGUUCAGACGUUACCCUGUUUGGGUUUCCUUUGAGAAAAUGGAUUAUUUCCAAUAUUUUACAUUUAUUUCUUAUUCCCAUCGAAUUGUUGACUUCAUCCAGUAUCAAGGAGGCCAUGCUCUGUUAGAUGAAAUGGGUUAGAUUAAAUCAGCUUCUUUAAGCCACUUUACAUCUCUCCCACCCAUGGAAUACAAGCAGAAGUCUCUAAUUUGUGACUCCAGCUUAAAGAUGAUUCUCCAUUGCAUGAUCUCCUGGUUUCUUUAUCCUUUUCAAUUUUGAUCAUCACGGGUCCUUGCCAGUGUGAGCCGUGUGCAGGAAGGAUAGUGGACUCGAUGGACCAAAGUUCUGCUCCAGUAUGGAAAUAGUCCCUCUUCCAACUGGGAGAAGGUGGAAUAUGGGCAAUGCAGAAAUCAACAGCACCAAAUCUUCGAAGAGCUUCGCUUUGGAGUAUAGCUGUUGUCAACUGUCUGCUGGAGACUGACUGGACCCAUCUGGUUGUGUUCUGUCACUUCCUCUCUACCUAAGUCGCAUGUGUUCUGAUUACCAAUGGCCAUAAGAAUAUGAAACAAUUGGAAGCUUCGGUUGCUGUGUCUUAUAGGCCUGUUUCCAGAGUGAUACAUGACCUCUGUGCUUAUAUGCACAUGCGUGCACAUGCUCCCUGAGUAAUUCCAUAUAGAAGAUAUUGUGUAAAAUCCUUGAACGUGACAUCCAUGGGCUGCAUCACACUGCAUCUUUACAAGUAGGAGAAGGUGAUUUUUGUUUUGGGAUGAGCCGUGGAAGUCUAUGCCAAGCAGACAAAUGAUCUAUCUGUGAAAUGCUGAAUUAUUCCAGAGAAAGCUGGUCCGAUUGGCUUAUUGGCAAUUUAAUUUAAAUCUGUUAAACGGACAUCCUAGUGAAAAAUGUUCAAAAGUGACUUGGAGACCUAAAUUAUAUUUUCAAAAGGGACUUAGGCACUUAGGAGCCUGAAUCUUAUUGAAAGUUAAUGGAACUUCAAGGUCUUAAGUGCCCAAGUCACUCUUGACAAUUGGGCUUUGACUCCUAAAUCACUUAGGCGCUGUUGAACAUUUAUUCACAGAAAGCUACACCAAUGAAACAGUAUAAAAAUAGCUCUUUCUGGAAUAAUUUCACUACCCACUAAGUGUCAUCAUUCCUGGAUAAUAUGGGCCAGAUUCUCAGCUAGUGUCUCCAUUGGAGCUUCACUGAUCUCCACCAGCUUCAUGAUCUGGCCCUAUGAAUUUCAAUCUUGUUUUCAAUCAGGAAUCUCUUCUUUCUUGAAUCUCCGCUUUUAACUGCCACCAGAGUUAAUGAGAGCUGUGUGCGUGUAAUCCCAGAGCACUGACUAUCCGAAUGCUUUGCUCUCCAAACCUUCUUUUCUAAUACAUUGCCCUGGUACCCUUUUGGCUCCCUGUCUCUUGACUCUGAUUACCCAAAUCAGUGAUCCAGGCGUAUUUGGUGGUACAGUUGAUCUGGAUCCGACAAUGUAUCUGAUGCAGAGAAGCCAUCGCUUUAAUGCAAACCAAAUGUAAAUACAGGAAUGGUCUGGUCUGUUUGGAGAACAACUUGUAAAUGGAACUCGUUUGCUUGGUCAUGUCUGUGGUGUCU